GAAACCAUCCAAGUCUCUUCGUAGCCAUGGCCCCGAAGAGUGACAUGCUUGUGCUAGCCGUUUCACUGGCAUUGCUAGCGUCUGCCAUGGCUCAGUCCCCUGCCCCUGCACCAAUUACAUCCACUGCAAGCCCACCUUCUGCUACACCUCCGCCUGCUACACCACCGCCACCAGUAGCAUCACCACCCCCAGCCACAUCUCCUUCUCAGGUCCCAUCACCAGCGCCGUCAGUUACACCACCACCUUCACCUCCUGCUCCCAGCAUUGCACUUCCACCAGCCUCCCCAGCACCUGCAUCGGGAGCUCCAGCACCCACUCCAGGUGGCCCUGCCCCUACCCUUGGCUCACCUGCAUCCUCUCCUACGGCCACGGCUUCACCUUCUCCGGCGACGCCUGUAUCGAACCCCGACAAUUCUGGUGCCUUCGCACCAUUUGCAAGCAAAGCAGUGCUGGUUCUAGCAGGAGGGUUCAUGCUACUUGUCUAAGCCAAAGCCUCUCCCCCUCAAUGUACUGCUGUGCGUUCUUUUUCUUUUUGGUGGCCUGCGUUUUCCUUGUGUACUUGUUGAGCUUCGGACAAUGGGUGAUGUAAUUCUUGGAUGUAACUAUUUAGUUACUAAUGUACUUCCCUUUCAUUCA